AUGUCCUUAUUGUUACUACGGCCAAUAAAUAAUGUUCCCUUAAUAGGGAAGCUGAGCAGUACACUGAUUAAUACUGGCUCAGUCAGAUUUCUUACAGCAACAAAUUAUUUAAGAGAAGAAGUUCAAAAUAUAACUCCACUUCAAGAAUAUGAUAGACAAGUUAAACUUGGAAAAUUAAGGGAUGAUCCUUUUCAACGUGGUAUUUUAAAAUCCAUGGAGCAAAUGUAUAAAGUUUUACUUGAUUAUAAACCACCUCCAGCAGAUUCGAUUAGGUUACCAUUGCCAAUUCAAAACUUAACAUGGAAAUCGAAAUUAGUAUCGAUGAUUCGUCGUCCUAAGGAUAUUACAGAUCGUGAUGUUAAAACGAUAGGUGAAAAUUUACCUAAGGGUAUCUAUCUGUACGGUGAUGUUGGUUGUGGAAAAACUAUGUUAAUGGAUCUGUUCUUCACUACCAUUCCUAAAAGUUUAUCAAAAAGAAGAAUCCAUUUUCAUCAGUUUAUGCAAUACGUACAUAAACGUACCCAUGAAAUAACUUUAGAACAACAGGAGUUAAGAGAGAAUCCUGAAGAAGAGAUCGAUACGAUUCCAUUUUUAGCUAAAGAAAUUGCAAUGACAUCUCGAGUACUGUGUUUUGAUGAAUUUCAAGUUACAGAUGUUGCCGACGCUAUGAUAUUAAGAAGGCUUUUUACAACAAUUUUAUCAGACGAAUAUGGUGUAAUAUUAUUCACAACAUCUAAUAGAGAACCAAACGAUUUGUAUAUAAAUGGUAUCCAAAGAGAAUCAUUCAUUCCAUGUAUUGAACUAAUUAAGAAUAGAACUGAGGUGAUAAGCUUAGAUUCCGAAACGGAUUAUCGUAAGAUUCCUAAACCUGUUUCUUCUGUGUAUUCUUAUCCGAAGAAUGGGUUAAAAUAUAACUCCAGAGAAUAUGAAUUAUUUAGGAAGAAUCAUGUAAACAAAUGGUACGAAUACUUUGCACAAGUUGAAGAAUCUGCUCCUAUCAAUACCAAGGAAACGUCAGCUUAUAAAGAAUUUACCGAAUAUCCACUAACAAUUUGGGGUAGAGAAUUUAAGGUCCCUAAAUGUACACCACCAAGAGUUGCACAAUUUACGUUCAAACAACUCUGUGGUCAACCUCUAGCUGCUGGUGAUUACCUUAUCUUGGCCAAAAACUUUGAUGCAUUCAUAGUUACUGAUAUACCUUACCUGUCCAUUUUUGUUAGAGAUGAGAUCAGAAGGUUUAUUACAUUUUUGGAUGCCGUUUACGAUAAUGGUGGUAAGUUAGCUACCACAGGUGCAGCUACGUUUACAGACUUAUUUGUUGAACCAGAGGAUAUCCUUAAUGACUACGAAUUAAAACAGAUACCAAACGAAACAAAAGACGAAGAAGAACAUAGUUUGGACAGUGAUGCUCUAGUUAUGAAGCAUGGGUUCUCAAAAGAGGUCGCAAAGAAGUCGCAUAUUUUUGCACUAGAUGAAGAAAGGUUUGCUUUUGCAAGAGCAUUAAGUAGAUUGACGCAAAUGAGUAGUACAGAAUGGGUUACAAAGAAGAAGUUACAAUGA